AUGGAUGGAGGAAACACCCAAAAUUCUCUUAUAAAAACAAUAACCCUAUUCAAAACUCUACGCCUCAAAUACCACCAGGUUAUCGAGAAACUCCACGUAAAAAUCCCUUUCACCGAAGCCAUCACCCAAAUACCAUCUUAUGCUAAAUUCCUUAAGGACAUCUUGACCAACAAACGUAGGCUAGAUGAUCCCAAACCAUUAGAGUGCAACUUCAUUGCUGAGAAUAAACUUUCUAAGAAAGAGAAAGAUCCCAGAAGCUUUUCCAUACCUUGUAUUUUAGGGAAUCAUGUUAUAGACAAAGCAUUCCUAGACUUGGGAGCAAGCGUAAGCUUGAUUCCUUUAGAAGUUUGUAGAAGACUAAACUUAGGAGAAUCACAACCGACUAAGGUGUCUCUUCAAUUAGUCGGUAGAUCUGUAAAAUAUCCAUUAGGCAUAUUAGAAGACAUUCCAGUUAGAAUCGGAAAACUUUAUAUCCCAACAGAUUUCGUGGUAAUGGACAUUAAAGAAGACAACGAAAUCCCAAUCCUCCUUGGUAGACCCUUCUUAUCAACCACGGGAGCCAUAAUAGAUGUUAAAAGAGGAAAACUAACUUUUGAAGUAGGUGAUGAAAAGAUAGAAUUUAUACUUUCCAAAUUCCUAAUGGCACCAGUCAUAGAAGACUCAUGUUAUUCCAUCAAUAUCAUUGAUGAAUGCAUAAGGGAGCUAGAUCAAGAAGGGCCUCCCGAGACAAUAAAAUUUCCCUCGACUCCCAUAAGAGAAGACGACGAAUUUAGACUAGAGCCUUACAUGGAUGACAACCUUUAUGAAUGCUUAGAACUUACCCCAAACAAUAUGCCAUGUCCUAAGAAACCAUCUAUAGAACUUAAGGAAUUAUCCAAGAAUCUAAGAUAUGAGUUUUUAUAUGAAGAACUAAAUCGCCCCGUUAUAGUGAGUGCCACUUUAAAUGAAGAUGAAGUGAAUCAAAUUUUAGAUAUCUUUCAAAAGUAUCCCUCAACUUUAGGAUAUAACAUAUAUGAUCUCAAAGGGAUAAGCCCAUCCGUGUGCAUGCAUCGGAUCUUGCUGGAGGAAGAUUCUAAACCUUCCAGAGAACAUCAAUGA